AUGGAUUACGAAAGCAACAGUUGGAUUUGGGAGGGGGUAAACUACUACCCCCGUGUGUUUGGUGGUCUAAUGGUUACAGCAGCCUUACUGGGCUUGUCAACCAGCUACUUUGGUGGAAUUGGGGUUCCUAAUUUGUCACUGCCGUGUUCUUGGUCUAAUUUGAGGAUCUUCCACAAGAAGAAAUCAGGGAAGAGGUGCAUUCGGGUUUACAUGGACGGAUGUUUUGAUCUGAUGCAUUAUGGCCAUGCCAAUGCUCUCAGACAAGCAAAGGCUCUAGGAGAUGAAUUGGUUGUGGGUCUUGUGAGUGAUGAGGAGAUCGUGGCCAAUAAAGGACCACCCGUUUUGUCCAUGUCGGAGAGGCUGGCUCUUGUCAGUGGAUUGAAGUGGGUGGAUGAGGUCAUAACUGAUGCUCCUUAUGCAAUUACUGAGCAAUUCUUGAAUCGUCUCUUUCAUGAAUACAAAAUUGACUAUGUCAUACAUGGUGAUGAUCCUUGCCUGCUUCCAGACGGAACAGAUGCAUAUGCUGCAGCAAAGAAAGCUGGUCGUUAUAAGCAAAUUAAACGUACUGAGGGAGUUUCCAGUACAGAUAUCGUAGGAAGAAUUAUGUCCUCUUUAAGAGAAGCAAAAAGUUUUGAAGAUUAUAAUGGAUCUGAGGUGAAACCUCAAGAAGAAAACCAGUCAAAGGCUUCUCACAUAGCCCAAUUCCUACCAACUUCCCGACGUAUUGUCCAGUUUUCAAAUGGCAAGGGUCCUGGACCAAAUGCACGUAUUGUAUACAUUGACGGAGCAUUUGAUCUCUUCCAUGCUGGCCAUGUUGAGAUACUGAAGAGGGCUAGGGAGCUUGGAGAUUUUCUUCUAGUUGGUAUCCACUCAGAUGAAACCGUGAGUGAGAAUAGGGGAAAUCACUAUCCAAUCAUGCAUCUGCAUGAGCGUAGCCUUAGUGUGUUAGCUUGCCGUUAUGUUGAUGAAGUUAUUAUUGGUUCACCUUGGGAAAUUACAAAGGACAUGAUCACCACUUUCAAUAUCUCUCUAGUUGUGCAUGGUACUGUUGCUGAAAAGUCAAUAAAUUGUGAACUAGAUCCAUAUGAGGUCCCUAAGAGCAUGGGAAUAUUCCGCUUGCUUGAAAGCCCAAAAGAUAUUACUACUGCCACGGUAGCCCAAAGGAUAAUGGCUAAUCAUGAAGCUUACGUGAAACGCAAUGCUAAGAAAGCUAGGAGUGAGCAAAGAUACUAUGAAGAGAAAAAAUAUGUCUCUGGAGACUAG